UAUGCACUAAACGGUUUAGUAGUAAGUAGCUACUCCCCACUCGACUAAACUACUAGCCGUGUCUGAACCAGCCUUAAGGCCGGGAUUCAGAGUCGCAACGUCUUAUUAAAAAAUACAACUGUGUGAAAAAAGUGUAUUUAGGGCCGUAUUCAGAGUCGCAACUUAAGCAAGGACUUAAGACGGUAUCACAUGUUCAAAUGCUUCCAUGCAUUCCAUGCUCCCAUCUAUUGCGGACGGUUUAAUAAAUUUCAUUUUAAAAAAUGAGUUUUUGUGUCGUGCACGGGUGUAAAAAUCGCCAUAGUAAAAAAAAUAUACAACAGAUUGAACUGGAAAAUAGUUCAGAACAGAAAAUUUCAUUUCACUUAUUUCCUAAAUGUAUCUUGAGGCGUAGUAAAUGGCUUAAAGCUAUACAAUUGGAAAAAUAUAUUCCCACAAAAACAGCAGCAGUUUGUUCUGCUCAUUUUAAAGAAGCAGAUUAUGAAUUGAAUCAUCCACAACGUAAAUUAAAAAAAGAUGCCAUCCCAUACUUACGUAAAGCAGAAAUACGUUUAGAUGUUCCGAUAGAUCACCAAAACACAACCUCUGUUGAAGAAAAUAUAAAUAAUGAAGCUGAAAAGAAUGAAGUACAGAUACAAGAAAUGGAUGUGAAGAAAGAAGAUGUAAUCAUAGAAGAAAUGGAUGUGACGAAAGAAGAUGAUACAUGCUCAUAUAAUCAUCGAAUGAUACAUCGUUCCACCAGUAUAUCACCUGAUAGGAUUAUGAAUUCACCAACUAAGUCUAGAAUUCGAAAAUUAUACAAAAAUGAAAUUACUGCUUUGAAAAGGAAGCUAUCUGUAAGUCGUUAUGAGCAAAAGAAAAUGCAGAAAAAGCUGGUUUCUCUAAAAAAUGUAUUAAAAGAUCUACAGAAGAGGAAUCUAUUAAGAACAGAAGAGAGUGACAUACUACAAUAUUUAGAUGCAGGUACGCGAGAAUUAUUAUUUAAUAAUAUACGCAUACAUGGAGGAUAUAAUAAUAAUCCCACUGUUAAACAAUUUAAAUCCAUUUUCAGAAACUUAAUAGUACAUGUAGAAAUAAAAGACACAGGAACUGGUAACUGUAUACCUUUAGAAUCUAUUCCGAUAUUGCAUACACCAUCUACACGCGAUCCUGUUACUAUUAUAAAUAAUAUAAAAAUGAAGUUAUCACAUACAUAGCUGGUUAUAUAUUAAGAAAACUGAGGAAAAUUUUGCAUUGUUGAAGU